CGCAAGGAUGUAAAGUUUUUCAAAGAAACACCUCUACAUAUAUGGAAUGGAAGCCAAGAUUACUUUUAUAUCGAUUGCCGCCUCCUCGCCCUUCUCCCUCUUUCUUCCCCCAUUUCUUCGUCUCUGCAAAAUUCGUGCGUUUCCUCUUUCUAUCGCUCCGCUCCAGCCGCAGUUUGCCGCUCCGUUCCGUAGCAGUUCUGAUAGAUAAGAGAGGCUGUUGGAAUGAGCAUUCAAGGUAGAAAUGAUCUACAUGAAUGGAAUGCAAGAGUUGUUGAGAGAAGAACAGUAAUGGACUUCGACCUCAAUUGUCCACCUCCAGAUGAGUGCAUCAAUCCAACUGGCCCUCGCGAGGAAGCAGCACAGUUCUUUAAUCAUCACCAACGACAAGCUACAGACAAUCCUGACGUUGUUGAUGAGGACAUUGCUAUAAUAUCCCCUAGGAAAUUUGCUGAAGCCAGGAAAAAUUUUCGAAGAAACCACUUUGACAGUAGCUGUGGUGUAGCCGUCAGAGUUAAUGCCAACACAGAAGUUUAUGGUGCUCUCUCAGAUGUAACAAGUUGGCCCCCUUUUACAAUUUGGCCGCCUCUUACAAUUAACAAUAACGUUUCCAUACGGGAACAAACAAUUCACAACUUGGACCUUUGCUUGAGCUCUGAAAGCAGUAGCAGGGCCAGGACUAAGGCAACUGACACUGACAUUCCUUCUGCACUUGCACAAAGUAGUAGCAUCAUCCCGCCUGCAGCCCCCAGUUUGCGGUGUGCAAUCUGCAUAGAACCGUUGGUUGAAGAAACAACAACGAAAUGUGGGCACGUCUUCUGCAGGAACUGCAUCGAGACUGCCAUAGCUACGCAGCACAGAUGUCCUAUAUGUCGGCGUAAGCUUAGAAAACGAGACAUUAUCCGGAUUUACCUUCCUUUCUCAAGUUAAAAAAAAAUAAAAAAGAAAAAAAAAAAGAAGAUGAGCACAACACACAAGAGAAUAUUGCAUCUGUAUUCUUUUUCUGAUGAUUUGAUGACUAGGUUUGUACUUGCACACAGUCCCAUUAACAAGUAUAGAAUUCUUCUUUCUUCUUGUUGUUGUUAAUCUUGUUUUGUAUUGAACUAUAAAGAAUCAAAAAAAUUGGUUUGUAUUUGACUGAAAAGACAGGCGAUUGCGGUUGGUUCAUUCAUUAAAUAGAGUUUAUUGAUCAGUGAAUUAGAAUGGGGAA